CGGCUCCGCUCCGAUUGGUGCGCUUCCUUCACGCGCCAGUUCCGAUUGGCUCAGGGAGCCGUCCAUCAAAGGGAUGACAAAGGAAGCAAAACACAGGGUAACGCCGAGCAGGAAACUCACGAGCGUCACAGACAGCUUCAUCUCAGCCUCCCAGCUGCAGCUCUGAUGGACACAGCAGAUAACCCUGCAUAUUUAAGAGCAGCCAGGGACGAGGAGGGACAGAGUGCGACCCCCCGUUGCAGCACAGAGCGUCCUGAUACCCUCCUCAGCUGCAGUCAUGUGUAAAGGCCUUUCCUCCCUGCCUUCGUCAUGUCUGGAGAAGGCCAAAGGGAUGCGGGUGAAGCUCAUCCACCUGGCAGACGCCCACCACAAGCAGAGGAUUCAUGAAGGAAAGACGCUUCAGGACCUGGAAACUCUGCUGAACUCCAAAAGCGGCCUGCAGGCCUUUCGAGGGUUCCUGCGUUCGGAGUUCAGUGAGGAGAACCUGGAGUUCUGGCUGGCUUGUGAGGACUUCCGAGUUUCUCCUUCAAACCUGCUGAAGAACAAAGCCAGCAACAUCUACAGCCAGUUCAUCGACCCGGACGCCCCACUGGAGGUCAACCUGGACGCUGAGACCCGCGAGGCCCUGCAGGGCGUGACGGAGUCCCCGAGCGCCAACUCGUUCAUGGAAGCCCAGCAGAGGAUCUACAGCUUGAUGGCCAAAGACUCCUUCCCUCGCUUCCUCCGCUCAGAGGCCAUCAAGGCUUUCUAGACACUCAGAAUCACUUCUGCUGGAUGUGAAGGCGGAGCUGCGUUAACUGUUAUUGUGUUUAGCUUUUAUGUGGUGGAAAGCUUCAUGUUGUGUUUGCUUUGUUACCAGCUCCUUCAAUAAAACAUUUCCUGUGUGGAAACGCC